UGAUUGUGUUAACCAAGUGCAGAACACAGGCAGUACCAACAGCAGUGAUUCUCUCUCUCCUUACUAACACCAUCUAGAAGGCAAAGUCCAGCUGCAAAUCUCCAGCUGCAGGAUUUUUUAAAGAUACUUUUUUUAAAUGAACAUUGACUGAUUCUCCCAGAAAGAUAAUGGGUGUACAGGAUUAUAUUUGCAUCACUAUGACUGGAGGGGCACCUUGGGGUUUCAGGCUUCAGGGUGGCAAGGAAGAAAAGCAGCCUUUGAAGAUUGCCAAGAUUCGAAAUAAGAGCAAAGCAUCCAAGGCUGGGUUAUGUGAAGGAGAUGAAGUGGUAUCUAUUAAUGGCAACCCUUGUGCUGAGUUGACGUAUUCGGAAGUUCUUCUUCUGAUGGAAGGCCUGACUGACACUCUUCAAAUGCUUAUCAAAAGAUUCUCCAAUGGGGCAAAUGAAACUUUAAGUCCUGAACUAGAACAUGAAAACCUCACUGACAUUGAAAAUAAGGAAUAUAAAGAAAGCACAACCCUAGAAAUCAGAACAGCAGUGCCAAGUCCCCACCAGGAAUUGCAGAUCAUAGUGCCAACUGAGGAAACACUCCCAACAAAUACAGAGCAAACUAUUGUGGAUUUUUCUGGAGCAAAGCAAGAAAUAAUCCCCUGCUACAAAAUCCCUCCCAAAGUGAUCGAAGCCCCUAAAGUACACUGCACGGAGGCGUCCGCCUUCACUGGAGGCAAGCCUGGCUCUACAGUUGAGUUGCAGUUGUCCUUUCCACCUGACAGGAAUAAAAGCAGCAGCACUGGGUCUGGUCUGACUAUUGUGGAGGUCCAAGAGAGCAAGCCCCUGGAGACAGGAUCGAUCCUAACACAAGAAGCAACUAGCUGGAUAAAAGAGCCUUCUGCCCAGUGGGCAGGCAAGAUAGUCCAGAUUGUUGGUGGCAAAGAGAUCCAAGUGACGCAUGAAGGUGAGAGAAGAGAACCCUCUCUAACUAAGGUUGAAGUGAUUCUGGACUGUUCUGACCAGGCAAAAGAAGCAUCCAAAUUUCUGGCCGAAAAGGGGUGUGUAGAGUCUCAAGUAGAAGGAGGGCAGUCAGAAGCACCUCCUUCUGUAGUCUCCUUUGAAAUCUCAUCAGAAGGCACAGAGCAGGGGGAAGACGAACAGCCCUCUGAAAAGGAACCCAGCAGACCUCACAAACACCGGGCAAGGCAUGCCAGGCUGAGAAGGAGUGAGAGCCUAUCAGAGAAGCAGGUGAAGGAAGCAAAGUCUAAAUGUAAAAGUAUUGCUCUCUUACUGACAGCAGCUCCAAAUCCCAAUUCCAAAGGAGUGUUGAUGUUUAAGAAGCGUCGCCAAAGGGCCAGAAAAUAUACUUUAGUUAGCUACGGCACUGGGGAACUAGAACGUUACGAAGACGAAGGUGAAGAAGACGAGGGUGAAGAAGGUGAGAAGGAGAACACUUUUGAAGUAACUCUAUUUGGCACAAGUGAGUCAGAAAUUGAUGAAGAUUUCUUCUCUGACCUGGAUAAAGAAGAACGGAUUGUGACAUUUGAUUGGGAUACUGGACUACUUGAGAUUGAAAAAAAAACCGAACGUGGGGACGAGAUGUCACAGCUGCUUCCAGAGACCAAGGGCAAAGGGGCACUCAUGUUUGCCAAAAGACGUCAAAGGGUAGACCAGGUCACUGCUGAACAAGAAGCAACGAAGAUGCAGAGUAUGCAUAGAAUUGAGGCACACCGAGAGGCCACUUCAACAGAGACCAUCCAAAAUAUGAAUUCUUCCUUUUAUCAAGCAAAACAAGAAGAAUCUGCCAGAAUGCAGAAAAGCCACAUAAGCAAAAGCUACAUAGAAAUGAACCAUAGUCCUAGGACAAUAGUCCAGCAAAAUGGCAUCAGGGUGGUCCCAGAGAUAAAUAUGAUGCAUCCACCUGCAGAAGCUGUUAGCUCACCUAGUUCAAACAGAACAGCCAAGCCUUUCCCUGGUGUUCAGAACAAAGCGGCAGUUCCAUUUUCACCCCCAAGAAGCAUGGUUACUCUUCCCUCUGAGCUACCUGCCCCACCUCCUUACACUUCAGUUAGCCCACCACCUGAAGCAUUAUAUAGAACUGUUUUGACUCCAGUGGCCACAAGCAUGAGUCAGUCAACAUUGUGGUCUCCAACAGAAUCAACAGAACAGAUUGCCUCCAGGGAUGAACGGAUUGCUGUGCCUGCAAUAAGAACUGGAAUAUUACAGGAGGCCAAGAGAAGAAGCACUGCAAAGCCUAUGUUUACAUUUAAAGAAGGCCCCAAAAUGAGUCCAAAUCCUGCUCUUUUGUCCCUCGUGCAGAAUACAGAAGGCAAAAAAUCUGCCACCGGUGGCUUUGAAUCAGGUCCUGAAGAAGACUACCUCAGUUUGGGAGCAGAGGCCUGCAAUUUCAUGCAUAUCCAGGCUGCCAAACAAAAGAUCCCACCCCCAGUUGCUCCCAAACCCUCAGUAAAGGUUUCUCCGACUGCCACAACACCUAUUUCACCAGUCUGGUCACCCCCAGUUGUGGCUGUUACUCAAGCUCCCAUCUUUCCAGUACCAAAGUCUCCAGAAGUAGCAAGCCCUGCAGCCAUCAAAGUAGCACAACCAGCUUAUCCCCCUCCACAGCCUCCACAACCUCCACAGCCUCCUAGUACUUUUCAUCUGGAGCCUUCCUUUAAGGGUGCUCAAGUUUCAUCACCCCACCAAAGUUAUACUCCCAAAACAACACCCAUCACUCCCUUAGGAAAUGCUGUUCUUGCUGGUGGAAUGGGGCCAGCUUUUGAGAUGCCCCCAGCACUGAGUGGUAAGGGGGCUCAGCUCUUUGCUAAAAGGCAAUCACGGAUGGAAAAGUAUGUAGUAGACUCAGAAACCGUGCAGGCCAAUCGGCCCCAGGCUUCAUCCCCAACUCCAUCAUUACCAGCAUCUUGGAAAUAUUCAUCAAAUGUUCGAGCACCACCCCCUGUGGCUUAUAAUCCCAUCCAUUCUCCAUCUUAUCCUCUUGCUGCUACCAAAUCUCAGUCACAGCAUCCUGGAGCUACCAAAACUACUAAGAAAAAAUCUAAGAAACAAUUAAGUUCCUUAGAAGUGAUGAAGCAUCAGCCAUACCAGCUUAAUGCAUCUUUAUUUACUUUUCAACCUCCGUCUGAUACAAAGGAAAAUCUCCUUCCCAAACACCCUUCAAAGAUUGAUUCAGUGUCUGCCUUGAAACAAGCUGUACCAUCAAGAAUACUCAAUGCUGGUUCUCCCUCUAAUGUUCAAGCUUCUUCAGUGUAUUCUGUACCAGCCUACAGCUCACAACCAUUCUUCCCAUCGAAUGCUUCUAGUCCUGUAAAUGAGUCCUAUACAUCAAUGGGCUGCCCUACAUUUUUGAAGCAAGAACCAGCAGCAUCUCCUGUAUUUUCUGUUCCCAAGCCAAAAUUCUCAGCCAAGAAAGUUGGUGUCACUGCACAGGAAAGGGGCCAUGAACGAUCUGUAUCAGUUCCCGGAUGGCUACCUUCCACUUCUUCCAGAUCCAUGUCCCCAGUUCCUCCUGUGAUGUUCCAAUCCACUCCUGGUUAUAUUACCAAAGCACCAGCAGCAGUUGACAAGCCUGGGAAGAGGCUGACCCCUUGGGAAGCAGCAGCUAAGUCUCCCCUUGGAUUUGUGGAUGAUGCUUUUGGUCCCCAAACCAUUCAAGAAUCUAUUGUUGCAAAUGUCAUGUCAGCGGCUCGUAGGAAAACAUUAUCUACACCACCUGAUGACUGGAAGAGAAAGGUGGCUUAUGAGCAUCCAGCUCCAAGUGUCCAUGCUAAAUUAGCUUCACUUGGAAGGAGCUAUUCAGUGGCCACAUUACCUGCCAAGAUCUCAAUGUCUGCUCCUAGCUCCAUUGGCCAUUAUGGUUCCCGUCUGCAGCCUGCAUAUUGUAGCCAACGUGCCCAAACUGAUCCUGGUAUGAUUUCCAUGGAAUCCAGGUCUGAUUACUGUCUAUCAAUGUCUGACUCCAAUUAUAAUCCACAUCCAAAGGGAUGGAGGCAUCAAACAUGAAAAGCAAAUGAGUCUGCUGUAGUUUCCUUCCUUGAAGGUCUAGAAUGAGAAUCAGAAGUGUGAAGAAGAAGUGUUUUCUGGCCUGGUAAAAUCAAGAUUUAUCUAGAAUGGGACCCAGUGCUAAUGAUUUGUCAGUAUUAUAAAAGACGUUGAUCCCAGAUUUUCUUUGCCGUGUGUGUGUGUGUGUGUGUGUGUGUAUGUGUGUGUGUCCUUGAGAGAAACAUGCAUAAUAGACAUACAGUGGGAUGAAAUCUAGUUUAUAUAAAAGCAAAUCACAACAUGGUGUUUUAAUGUACUUCCAUGUGUGAAAUUUUAAACUGGGAAAGUUAUAAUUGUGCAAUAUCAACACCUGUGAGUUAUCCAAUUAAUCAUGAUAAAAAUGUAAUCUUAGAGGACAUGAAAACAGUUAUUUCCUUUUGUUUCUUAUGCCAACCUACUUAUGGUUAACUAAGUGUCUAUUUGUACCACUGGCUAUGUUGUGAUAUGUUGUGUUUUGGUCUUUGUUAUUGGCUAUGCAAAUAGGGAAACAUACUGUAAUAGGGCCUAAAGUUUCAUUAGGCUGAUACUUCAAAGUUUUCUAGCUCAAGAAACACACUUCAGUGGAUGAACACAGAUUUUGCUUUCAGAAGGUCCUAGAUCAAUUCUUAGCAUUUCUGGUUAAAAACCUUACAUAGCAGUGGAAGGGAAAGUCUUCUUGCUGAGUUUCUGGAAAGAAGCUGGCAUCUGAAUAGACAAUCUUACCUUCUUGAGGCAUCUACAAACUCAUGUUAUGCUCAUUCAUUCCAAGUUGUUUUUGCUUAUAUUGCCAGCUUGGGGAAACACAUCAGCACAAAUGUCCUCAGCGUCAGAACAUCAUUUUUAUGACUAGAGAUAUAGCAACAAAAGUGCAAUUAGAAAUGCAUAUAGCAGAUGACAAGAAAUGGAAAGACACUAUAUUUCCGUAACUCAGUUUGUGAUGUAAAUCAGUCUUUGGAGCAUGCGUAAAUCAGAAUCAGAAUAGAGCUGGAAGGGACUUUGGAGGUCUUCUAAUCCACCCCCCUUCUCAAGCA